UUAUGAUGAAAAUAAAUGCAAGUUUUUGAAAGACAUUGUGAGGUUAGUACUCGACGUGCCACUGACAGACCUACACGUACUGAGACUACUGUUUGGUGUUUUUCAUUCAGAAACAAUGGUGUACAUCGCACCAGAUGGGUCGGUUCAUCAGACUCGCCCUUGGAGUCUAGGUCGUGUUGUUGAUAUAUUUUGGGGGACAAUUAACUUUGUACCACAAUUUUUCACUUCAUUAUUGGGAUAUAAUAACAAUAAUGCUGUUACUGGUGGUAACAGACAAGGAGGAGCUGGGGGAGGAGGUAGUGGUGGACCUGGCGGGAGACCUCCAAAUGUAAGAACUAUGAGUGAUAUUCGCCCAGCUGGGGGUGGAUGUAGUACUUGCCCAGGGUAAUUAAUUUAAUUUAAGAUCAUCUAUAAAAGUUCUCAUUUAUUCAGUAUACAAUUUCAUAUUUACAUUACUUAAACAUUAGUAUUACCAGAAAAUGUAUUCAUUAUUUUAUUUAAAUAUAAUUCUAUGUGCACUUUAA